UCUGACAUCACUUCUUCUCCAGAUCGGCGUGUUUCUUGCUGGAGAUGAACGCGGGGAAGAUGGAACGCUAAACAGUUUGUUCGGUGCCGAUGGGAUGGGACGGCAUGGGCUGAUGAGGGCGUUUAGGUAUAUAAGCGUCAUAUAAUCCUCAAAAAGUUGAACAGUCCAGCAAGAUACAGUUCUGUCAUCUUGAUCAUCAUGAGAGGUCUUUUGUUCUCGACCCUUGCUGGUCUCGUCCAGCUCGGCACUGCCCAGUCCUCUACUUCUCUUUCUGUACCAACGGGAACACCAAUUACUGGUGAUUACAAUGGCACAUACCGUCCUCAAGUUCACUUUUCUCCUCCCCAGCACUUCAUGAAUGACCCCAAUGGCAUGUUCCGUGAUGCCGAUGGUCUGUGGCAUUUAUACUAUCAGUACAAUCCCACUGCUGUUGUAGCCGGUAACCAGCAUUGGGGCCAUGCAACUUCAAAGGACUUGUACCAUUGGGUGAAUCAGCCUAUUGCAAUUUUCCCACCGGAGAACGACACAUUUGUCUUCUCUGGAAGUGCUGUUGUUGAUGUCAACAACACGUCUGGAUUUUUCCCUGACCAGGACAAUGGUGUUGUUGCGAUUUACACCUUAGCAUCACCUACCAUCCAAGACCAAGCAAUCGCCUAUUCGCGAGAUGGAGGCUACACCUUUACUCCAUAUGCCAACAAUCCCGUCAUCAACAGCACCUCCAAUCAGUUCCGUGACCCCAAGGUUAUUCGCUUCAACGACUCUUGGAUCAUGGUAGUAGCCUAUCCCCAAGACUUCAAGAUCGGUAUCUUUGAGUCAUCCAACCUCAAGGACUGGACACCUACCAGCAAUUUCUCCCACCAUGGUCUUCUCGGUUUACAGUACGAGUGCCCUAACAUGGUCCCCAUGCCUUACGUGGAUGAAGACGGUGAGAGGCAAGAUGAUAUGUGGCUCAUGGCCAUAAGCAUCAACCCUGGUGCACCAUUGGGAGGCUCUAUCACUGAGUACUUCCCUGGCACUUUCAACGGUACUCACUUCGAGGCUGUUGAUGCUGCUGCACGAAUCGCAGACUUUGGCAAGGACAAUUACGCUGGACAGUGGUUCUAUGGCCUUUCAGAAGAAGAGCUUCCUGUUUCUAUUGCUUGGGCGUCGAACUGGCAGUACACCGGUGUUGUUCCUACAGGCGAUGAAGGCUGGAGAAGUGCCAUGAGUCUCCCUCGCGAGAACUACCUCACCAAAGCGAAGCGUGUUGGCUGGAAGCUUGUUUCCAAGCCGUAUGAUCUCAGCCCAGUAUUGGGUCGUGAGCUUGCCUCCAACAGUAGCUUUGGCAACGGGACACUCAUUGUUGACUACUCUGACGUUGAGUCCAACGCUAUCUACUGGGAAGUCAACGUCACUGGCAUCCCCGACGGCGGGAUUCCCUCAACCUCUUCCAUGAACUGGACUUUCUCAAGCCCCAUCACCAACGAAGCCAUCAAGAGCGGCUACUACCUCGGCGGUGAUCCCGUUUUCUUCCUCGACCGGGGCGGUGUAAAUGGCUUCGAUAACAUCUUCUUCACUGAUAAGACCUCCCUUGGCAGUCUUGCUACCGAGAAUGGCACCUGGAGUCUUACCGGUGUUAUCGAUAGGUCUAUCUAUGAGGCCUUCCUCAACGAUGGUGUUGAUAGUGUUACCAACACUUUCUUCUCCACUGAGCCGUUGACGCUUAUGGUGUUUAGCGCGACUGACUUGCCGGAGGAUAUUGAAGUUAGCGUCAAGGUUCAUGCUUUGGAGAGUGCUUGGAAGGAGAUGGAGAAUGAUGAUGGACUCGUGGCUGGGAACAAGACAUCAAGUUCAUGAGAAACUGUAAUCUUUAUAUAAUCUUAGUAUCCAUGAUGGAAACAAAAUAAG